AUGCAAUCUGAAAAACGUAGUACUUUAGAACACUAUUUUCUUUCUUCUAAUAAAAAGUUGCGUAAUAAUGAACAACAAGUUGAACCAAGUAUAGCUAUUUCAUCUUCUUUAUCAACGUCUGAAAUUCAAGAUCAUUCUUCUUCUAAUGGAUUGUCUGAUGAUAAUGCUCUAUCAAAUUGUGCUGUUAAUAAUUCGACAACCCCUCUCACAUUAUCUUCUUCAAAUGAAAAAACUUGUAAAAAGUCGAUUCCAAGUGAUAUCAGUAUGUCAUGCAAUGAUGCUCCAGUUCAAAAAAUACUAUCAAGUUAUCCGACGAACCAACAAAAUCGUUCAUUUCAAUCGAACUGGUUUCGUGAUAGAAUAUGGUUGGAAUAUUCAGUAGAGAAUGAUGCAUGUUAUUGUUAUUAUUGUCGUCAUUUUUCUUCAAAUCAAUUAAAUGCUGAUGAUGCUUUUGCAACUACAGGAUUUAAUAAUUGGAAGAAGGCAUUGAAUAAAAGUGCUGGUUUAAUGAAACAUGCAUCAUCUCAAGCACAUAUUAUUGCAACAAAAAAUUAUUUGAUAUAUAAACAACAACAAGCAAUAGAUUCAAAUGUUUUAAAACAAUUAGAUAAUAGUCGUGCAAUUUUAAUUCGUAAAAAUCGUGAUCGUCUUGUUAAAAUUAGUUCAACUUUACUGUUUUUGGCACGACAAAUGAUAAGUUUUAGAGGACACCAAGAGGAUGAAAAUAGUUCAAACCAGGGUAACUUUUUGGAAUUUCUUCGUUGGGCAUCAACAACUGAUCCUGCAAUUAAAUCUAUACUUGAAGACUCGGCGGGUAACGCUACAUAUUUAAGUCAUGAUAUUCAGAACGAAUUAAUUAAUAUUAUGAGUAAUGAAAUUCGUGAAGAAAUUUCAUUUAUGUUAAAUAAAAACAAAUACGCUUUGAUGGCCGACGAAUGUCGAGAUGUUAGUGGUACACAACAACUAUCUAUAGUUAUUCGAUUCGUUCCUGAUCCAAAUAGAUGUACAAUUGAUAAAGCUUAUAUUGUAAAAGAAUAUUUUCUUGGAUUUAUACCAUUAGCACAAUUUGAUGCUGAGACAUUGGCAAAUAAGAUUGUUGAAUUUCUAAAUUAUUGGAAAAUUCCUUUAGAAUUUUGUAUUUGUUUAUGUUUCGAUGGAGCGUCAGUGAUGUCUGGAUGUGUUGCUGGAGUUCAUGUUUAUCUUAAGAAAUAUAUGCCGAAUUCAGUCUAUGUACAUUGUGCAGCUCACAGGCUGAACCUCGUCAUAAGUGAUACAUGUAAAGUUGUAUGUUACGUUUCGGAUUAUUUCUCAAUAGUAUCUCAAAUUUAUACGUUUUUCACCGAAUCCGGUGUGGCCAAUAUUUACUUCAAACAAGCUCAAAUUGAUUUAGGUUUAGUACGAUCUUCAACACUUAAAUUAUGGACCAUCACUCGUUGGGAUUCUCGUUGGAUUGCCAUUGAUUCUAUUGUUAAUAAUUUUCCUGCAAUUGUUCGAGCACUUCGUGAUCUAAGUGAAGAUGGGAGUGGUACACGAUCGACAAAUGCAUUAGGAAUUCUAAUACAUGUUAAAAAAUCAGUUUUUAUUAUUAGUCCAUCAUUAGAUUAUGUACGUGGUGAACAUCUCAUUAAGUCUGUUAUUCAACAAUUUAAAGAUCUUCGAAAUGAUCAAUGUUUUUAUCAGAUAUAUGAUAAAGCAAAAGAGUUUUGCAGCUUACAUGAAAUUGAUUUUACACAUACAUAUCGAUCAUAUCGUGCAACAACGAUACCUAUUAGAUUUCAAGAUUUCUUUAUCAGUUCAACAGUGGGACAACGUGAAGCAUUACACACACCAACUGAUUAUCUCAAUAGAUUUUAUUUUCCACUGAUUGAUUGCAUGUUGUUGGAAUUGAAUGAUAGAUUUUCAUCCAAAACAUUAUCAUUGAUGAAAAGCAUCUCCACCGUUUAUCCAGAAAGUGCCAAUUUUCUUAAUAUUGAUGAAAUCGAUGAUUUCUGUUGUCAUAUUGGUGGAGAUAAAAGUUCAUUAAAAAAUGAAUUUCUUGUUAUCAAACCUAUGCUUGAAUCUAAAAAAGUCAAUAAUGUUAUUCAACUUUUUAAUGAAUUGAUUUCAAUGUCAGAUGCGUUUCCUCAAACCUUGAAAAUGAUCAAGAAUGCAGUAACUAUGCCGAUUUCACAAGUUACAUGUGAAAGAGCUUUCUCAAAGAUGAAAAUAAUUAAAAAUUAUCUUCGAAAUUCAAUGACUGAUAAACGUUUAAGUGAUUUAACAGUACUAGCUAUUGAACGUGAUUUUGAUAUAAAUUUUGAACGAGUAGUCGAUAAAUUCGCAAAAAAUCAUAAAAAUUGUAGAAUUUUAUUGCUUUAA